GCGCCUCGUGGAGGCUCCAACUAAAAUGGCGCUAGUUAAUCGUGGCGUUGUUCGGAAGGCCGCAGGAUGAUCGUUUCUCCGUGUUCGGACACUGCAUCGGCACCUAAAUUACUAAGCCGCUCUUCAUCAUGGCCUCAAAAGAGUCGAAAACAGUCAGCAACCUUUCGCCGGAGUCCAUGAAGGUUAUUGCCGAAUCAAUCGGAAUUUCGAAUUUACCCGAUGAAGCAGCCAAAGAGCUGGCCGACGAGAUCACAUACCGUCUCAAAGUUAUAGCUCAGGAUGCCAGCAAAUUUAUGGGACACGCAAAGCGAAGAAAACUGUCCACGUUUGAUUUCGACAACGCGCUCAAGAUGAAAAACGUCGAGCCGCUCUACGGUUUCCAUUGUCCAGACUAUGUGCCUUUCCGAUAUGCCAGUGGUGGUGGCCGAGAGCUCUUCUUUGUUGAAGAGAAGGAGUUGGAGUUAAACGAAGUCAUUAAUUCUCAGUUGCCUAAACUCCCACUAGAUGUUUCCAUAAAAGCUCAUUGGUUGAGUAUAGAAGGAAUCCAGCCCACAGUACCCGAGAACCCACCACCUGUUUCCAAAGACCUACAACGUGUGGAGAGCAUUGACCCCGUGACCAAGCUGAGUAAGGUCGUGGUUCCUGGCUCGAAGGUACCCGGCCUUCCAAGCAAGCAAGAGCGCACCAAACAAGUUGAGACUGUCCGUGUCAAGCAGCUUGCCACGCACGAGCUGUCUGUGGAGCAGCAACUUUACUAUAAGGAAAUUACAGAAGCCUGUGUUGGAUCUGACGACUCGAGGAGAGCGGAAGCGCUGCAAAGCUUGGCUUCAGAUCCAGGUCUCCACCAGAUGCUGCCACGGUUAUGCACUUUCAUCUCGGAAGGGGUGAAGGUGAAUGUCGUGCAGAACAAUCUGGCAUUCCUCAUUUACCUUAUUCGAAUGGUCAAGGCACUGCUUGACAACCAGACUUUGUACCUCGAGAAAUAUCUGCAUGAGCUCAUACCCUCGGUGGCAACAUGUAUUGUGAGUAGGCAACUGUGCACCAGGCCUGAUGUGGACAACCAUUGGGCGCUGCGAGACUUUGCGUCCCGUCUGAUGGCCCAAAUCUGCAAGAACUUCAACACAAGCACCAACAAUGUGCAGACCCGCGUGACACGCAUGUUCAGCCGGGCGCUGCAGAACGACAAGAUGCCGCUUGCGUCUCACUAUGGGGCUGUCUCGGGGUUGGCUGAGCUUGGGCCUGAGGUGGUGCGGUCCUUCGUGCUUCCACGAGUGCGGGCCUUGGGUGAAAAACUGCGCCAGGCUCUUGAGGAGCCCGGUGUCUCACCCGUGGACAAGAAGGCAGCCGAGCACAUCAAGCAGCUUCUUCUGAGGGUGCUGGCACCAGCGUUGAAAGCGACGCGAACACCACCUGACAAUGCGGACGAGUACCGUGCAGAAUACGGCUACCUGGGCCACCUUCUACAUGCGCAAGUCGUUAGAGCUCGUAUGCAGCCCACCACCACAGCUUCAGUAGCACGAACCACUCUUACAGUUACGCAGCCUUCUCGCCUUCUUCAAGCUGCGCCACGUGCAUCUUCACUAGUUCCCACUCCUCGGGUUCCCACGGCAUCGCUGUCGGGAGCGCCGCAGAAGUACGUCAUUGUCACGUCCAACCCUCCGCGUUUGGCCGCACCGGCAAGCCCACUCGCCAAUGCCGCUACGGGUGUUGUCAACAACAGCAAUAGUAGCACCAGCACCGUUGCCUCGACGCCAACACUGGUGAAGAUUGUGACAGCAGCACCAACACCCCAAGGCAACACACUCCAAACCAAGACCGUCACUUCCACAGCCUCGCUGACCAAAGUGGUUGUGGUCACCAUGGCUCAGCCAUCUAGUGUUGCCGUCAAGGGGAUAUUCUCAACGGCAACGUCAUCUGCUGCACAGUUGCACCACCCAGUGACUACGGUGGCUGCCACAACAUCGGACUCUGCAGCCACUGCAACCAUUCAGGUGGCAGAAGUCAAGGAAGAACCUGAGGAGAUAAUGGACCCAUCAUGAGACAUGGAAAAAGUGUGUGCAGUGGAUUACAAUGCGCUUUGCGAGCUAGUGUCCUCCAGGGACGUGUUGUGGCAGACCGUUUUUUUUUUUUUUGCCUCUCAUUCUCGAAACAUUGUGUACAUAAGAGCUUGAGCAUGAUGCCACUUCUGUCGACCACGCCCUGUUGGUGAUUCAAUUUAAUUUCUCACUGUCAUCUUCCCCUCUCUGCUGCUUCCUUAUUUUUGUAACAACGCUGGGAUUGACAUGUACAAUGAGCUCUUCAUUUCAAAGACAAUGUGAGGAUGUGCACACAUGUGUGCAGGCCAUCUCGGUUACAAAAGGAUGAGGUGUAAAAGGGCAGUGUGCAUCAGAAGCAGUGUUAUGCAUGUAUAUAAAGCUUCAUGGAAAGCAUGUAGGAAAAGCUUAGUGCUUCUUUCGUAUACUUCUUAUUUUAUUGUACUUCUUUUUGUUGACAAAUGUUCUUCUUUUGAAUUUGUAGUUUGGUUUGCGAAGCUAGAAUUGUACAAAAUAGGGGUGCUUUUGGUGGGCUAAGAUUGCGUCUUGUAAAUCGCAGAGCUAGAGAAAAAAAAUGAGAUGGCGGUAGGGUUGGCAAGGAAAGCGGCAAGAAGUUGAUUUUUCAUUGCAAUAUGAAGUGUUCUGCUUGUGCAAACUGCACAUUUCCUAAUAUCUGAGAGAAUGUUCGAAUGCCAGGAAGUUACCGUUGAGUUCCCUUUACCUUUUCAUCGUACUAUGUAGAUAAAAGAACGGGCUGUAGUGCUUCAGCCAACUUUUUGUUCGUAUCGCUUGUAUGUUUGUUGUGAACUGUCUUGUCGGCCAGAGCAUCUUUGUUUGUAACUUCUCAGAUAGGUUAAUUGUGUUCUGAUGACUGGAAUGGAGAGCUGGAAAAUGCCAUUUUGAAUCAUUGCUAUGGCUGGUUGUCAUUGCCAUCUGAUAAGUGCAGUCACUGCAGCGGUCGGUGUUCAUGUCCACAGGACUCAAUUGCCAAAGAGCCAGCAGCACUUGUCAUUGACUCGGCUGCUUCGAAUGUUUUCAUGUUAAAGACGCAGGUGUUCAUUUUUCGCCUUAUGCCCUUACCUGCAUAUCAUCUUGUGUAAAUUUUGUUUGUGGAAAUUAUUUUUGGGGCCUUUCUUUUUAUCACUGCAUAAAGUAUGGACGCUACUGUUUUCAUCAAAACAGCGUGGAACUUAUAAAUGUUUGUAUCUUGCCACUGUAAAAAAAAAAACUGUUGCCAUCAGACGUCGAACAUCACUUGGCGCACCAAUUUAUAAAUAUGUUUGAUAAUGAUGCCUGUGUGCCAUGUUAUUGAGUUUACGAGUCGUGUUCUGACCUAACUUUCACAAUACACGCGGGAACUGCACAAAGCUGAACAAAGCUUCCUGCAGUCUUCCUUUUCAUCACAGCUAACGAAAUGUGUGCCAAGUAAGUUUCUAUUUGUACCUGCAUCAUCUAAAUUACCCAAUUGCGGCAUGGUGACAUUCAACCAGGCAGGAAAGAGUUGUCCUUAUGUUCUUUUUUUCCACCAUGCUUUGUCAGUGAAUACUACUGUAUAAAACUACGCUUUCACAUGAGAGAAACUGUUCUCUUGCAAUUCUGACGUCCUUUGGACUGUUAAACGCAUUACUCAGUCUGCCAGAAAACUUGUGUGCGUAUAAUACUACAUUUUACUGCUACUGUUAAACAAGAGAAGGUACAAGAAAAAUAUGUAACAUCAAAUGUAGCUUCGGUGCAAAAUCCACAAUACUGUAAGAAACUGUUACUUGCCAGGACUGUUCGUGAGCCCUGUGAUCAGAGGUAUGGUCCCUGCAUAAGGCUAGUUGUGUAUUUCAUUUUUAUUUAAAUUUUUUUAUUGAUAUAAAGCUUAGUUAACUUCAUCUGCAUUCGCUACGAAUCUACAUUUCAAAUGAAGUUAUUUUACUCUUU